UCCAUACUUUAAUUCAUCAAAAAUCUAUCCUUCAAAAUUCAAAUGGGGGAUCCUUACUGGCGAUACGAUACCGGCGACGGCGCUGGCGGUCGUCCGUCGUCCUCGGAGUUUGCUGCAACAGGACACGUACCUCAGGCAACUUUUCCAGGUUAUUUGUCAUCUGAACCUAAGGCAACUUUUCCAGGAUACUUGUCGUCUGAACCUAAGGCAACUUUUCCAGGAUACUUGUCGCCUGAAACAUCAACUCUAGCCAAUAUAAAUACAUAUAGCUCUGUUAAUCCACGGGCUAGUUCCGCAUAUUUUUUACAUAAAGAUAUCUUACCAUCCUGCCCUGGAACGUAUGGCGUAGAUGACAUUCCUAGCAUCCGUGCUGAUCCCAGUACCAGUGGAUUGGUUGCUGGAGCUAGAUAUAAAGGCUAUCCAUCGUCUUUUGAGGAUCCUAAUCUGUCGUUGCACCACAGAGAUGUUGCGGCAGGGAUGAGCACUGUGAUCCCUGAUGUUGUUGGCUAUGACCAGCCCAGGACGGAUGGAAAUCCUGUUCCAACAGCAGAGUCAAACAUUCUUUUUGUUGAUGGGCUUCCAACUGACUGUACAAGAAGAGAAAUAGGACAUCUAUUUCGGCCAUUUAUUGGAUUCAGGGAAAUCAGACUGGUUCAUAAGGAGCCUAGACGUCGCGGAGACAAGGCAAUGGUUCUAUGUUUUGUAGAGUUCACUGAUGCGAAGUGUGCUGUUACUGCUAUGGAAGCCCUACAAGGUUACAAGUUCGAUGACAAGAAACCAGAGGCCCCUCUACUGAGGAUUAAUUUUGCUCAUUUUCCUUUCCGUCUACCGAACCGGAGUUCUGCAGGGACAAUCGAGGCGGAGCCCCAUCCAACAACAAACAGGUCAAGUACCAAGAAGCCAUUGUGAAUCCACCACUUCUCUGUUCAAAUCCCAAUGGCUAUAAUUGGCUUAGCUUGCUCUAGAAAAUGAGAUAGUGGAGUAGUAUUAUAUAGCCAGCUAUUCCUUUUUAUGCAUUGCUGUAUCAAGAAAGUUCUCUGCCUAUGAUUCCCAACUGUAUUUGGAGAAAUACAUUUGUAACAGUUGGUCAUUUUGCCAAGGAAAUUUGUCCCUUCUUGUUACUUUUGUCAUUUAAUUUCUU